AUGUCAAUAAGUAAUUUUUAUUCUAUGGCUUUUGUAUUUCCGUUGAAAUGUAAUAAGAAUUUGUUUAUUCUUUGAAUGAGCUGAAAGUGAAUAAACUGAAGAAUAUUUCUUAAAGUAAACUUUCCAAGAUGCAGAGGCGAGGUGGCAAACGCAUCCGUAUGGAUGAACCGCCUCCGGAAUAUGAAAACCCAAUGACACCACAAGUGGAUACAGAAGGCUAUGGAUAUGCACAACAUGGAAUGUAUCAACAAGAUUCUUCGUACAGUGAUCAUGCUGGUGGUUCUUCAGAUGGUAUGUUUGAAUCACCUCCAACACCUGGUAUGAGAAGGGUUACAAGAUCGAAAGCAAGAGGCUUGAACAAUCCUCCUCCACCUCCCCCGACAUACUCUCCUACAACACCAAGCCCUGGGAGAGGUGGACGUAGGGGUAGACCUGCUGGGAGAAAAAAUCAUGCAGACCAUAAUACAGAAGAUGAAACCUCAUUAUAUAACAUAAUUCGAAAUAGCAAGACAUCUUUAACGAAUAUUGUCGAUGAUUGGAUAGAAACUUAUAAAGUGAAUAGAGAAGCUGCUCUCAUAUCUUUGAUGCAAUUUUUCAUCAAUGCUGCUGGUUGUAAAGGAAGAAUAACUCAACAAAUGCAAGCUGAUAUGGAGCAUGCUGCUAUUAUAAGAAAAAUGACUGAAGAAUUCGAUGAAGAAUCAGGGGAAUAUCCUCUCAUUAUGGCAGGACAGAGUUGGAAAAAAUUCAGACAGAAUUUUUGUGAUUUUGUUCAGACUCUGGUGAAACAGUGUCAAUAUUCCAUAAUUUAUGACCAAUUUCUCAUGGAUAAUGUCAUAUCUCUUUUGACUGGUUUAUCUGAUUCCCAAGUUCGGGCAUUUCGUCAUACAGCUACUUUAGGUGCUAUGAAACUAAUGACUGCAUUAGUAGAUGUGGCAUUAACUGUUUCUGUGAACUUGGAUAAUACACAAAGACAAUAUGAGGCUGAACGUCAGAAAACUAGAGAAAAAAGAGCAAGCGAUAGGUUAGAAGCUCUACUUCAAAAGAGACAGGAACUAGAAGAAAAUAUGGAUGAAAUUAAAAACAUGUUGACAUAUAUGUUCAAAUCAGUAUUUGUACAUAGGUACAGAGAUACUUUGCCAGAAAUCCGAGCAAUUGCGAUGACUGAAAUAGGUGUAUGGAUGCAUAAGUUUCAUGCUAAUUUUCUUGACGAUUCCUAUUUGAAAUAUAUUGGUUGGACUCUUCAUGAUAAGGUGGGAGAAGUAAGAUUAAGGUGCCUCCAGGCAUUGCAGCCUUUGUACGCCAGUGAAGAAUUGAAAGGAAAAUUGGAAUUAUUUACCAACAAGUUCAAAGAUCGUAUUGUUGCCAUGACUUUGGAUAAAGAAUAUGAUGUAGCUGUUCAAGCAGUGAGACUAGUUAUAUCUAUUCUGAAGCAUCAUCAUGAAAUUUUGACUGACAAAGACUGCGAGCAUGUAUAUGAAUUGGUAUAUUCCUCUCAUAGAGCAGUAGCCCAAGCCGCUGGUGAGUUUUUGAAUGAACGACUUUUCCAACCGGGUGACAUAGAUCCUGGUAAGACAAAACGAGGUAAAAGACGAUUAGAAAAUACCCCGUUCAUAAGAGAUCUUGUCCAGUUUUUUAUUGAAUCGGAAUUACACGAACAUGCAGCUUAUUUGGUAGAUUCCCUCAUUGAGUCAAAUACAAUGAUGAAAGAUUGGGAAUGUAUGACGGAUUUAUUAUUAGAAGAACCGGGUCCUCAUGAAGAAGCUUUGGAUAAUCGUCAAGAAACAAGUCUCAUAGAAAUUAUGGUGUGCUGUGUGAAACAAGCUGCAACUGGUGAAGCUCCAGUUGGUAGAGGGCCUACCAGAAAAAUUUCUUCCUUGAGGGAAAUUAAGCAGGCCGGAGAAGAUAAACAGAAACUCACUGAGCAUUUCAUUCAAACACUUCCCUUACUCCUGGACAAAUACUCAGCAGAUCCUGAGAAAUUAGCAAACUUGUUGAGUAUCCCUCAAUAUUUUGACUUGGAUUUAUAUACGAGUGGACGUCAAGAGGGAUCUUUACAAGCUCUCUUAGCCAAAUUGAAACACAUUGUCCAAGUUCAUCAUGAACCUGAGGUAUUGGAAACUUUGGCCAAAACGUUAGAGAUCCUUUGCACCGAGGGACAUUCUAUUUAUACCAGGUGUGAUGUUGCCCGAUCAACAAUCGUAGAUAUGAUUGUCACCUCUUAUAAGGAUGCUAUUGAUGAUUGGAGGAACUUGUUACUGGGUGAAGAAACACCUGAAGCAGAUGAAAUAUUCAAUGUUCUUAGUUCUCUGAAAAAAGUAUCAUUAUUUUAUGCCUGUCAUAAUUUAAACCAGUGGAGUUUAUGGCAGUCACUGUUUCAGGAUGUAAAAGAUGUCGAGAGCCCUCUGCCCCCUGACGCACUCAAGUACUGUAUCAGUGCCUGCUUUUACUACCUUCUAUGGGGUCUUAGAUCCUUGGAAGUUAUGCAUGAAGGUGGUGGACUGACUGGUUCACCUACACAAGAACUACGUAGCCAACUUGAUCAGUUCAUUGAAGCAUGCCAAAACUUGAUACGUUUUUCCUCUGAACCUCUGAUCAAAGAAGAAUCAUACAUAAGCUUAUGCGAUCUGCUGAUUGUAUUUAGUGAACAACUUUCAGGUUCUGCCUCUUAUUUGGCUGAUUUGGUUUCCGUUCCUGACCGAAGUUUGCAGCUUUUGCUGAAUGAGUUUGUACAGAAUUUUGUAUUUGUUCCCGAGCAAAUAGCCGAACAUGAUGAGCACCGUAUUGAGGAAUUACAUAAGCGUAGAAACUUCUUAGCAGCUUAUUGUAAACUGAUUGUUUAUAAUAUAAUGCCAACUAAGGCCGCGGCUGAUGUGUUCCAGCAUUAUGUGAAGUAUUAUAAUGAAUAUGGGGAUAUUAUCAAAGCAACGUUGAGCAAGGCAAGAGAAAUCAACAAAGUGAAUUGCGCCUUGACGAUGUGUCUCAGUAUGAAUAUGAUGUACCAAGAAAUUCAAAAGACACCCAAUAAGAAUAAUAGACAGAAUGAGGAAUUUUUCGCAUUGAAGGAAUUGGCGAAGCGUUUUGCUUUAUCGUUUGGCUUGGAUGCUGUUAAGAAUCGAGAAGCAAUCACAGCACUCCAUCGAGCUGGUAUAUUAUUUGCUGUAACAGGUUCAGAAGCUCCAGAUGAUCCUACUGGACCACCACCUAAUCUGUCCUUUUUGGAAAUAUUAUCAGAAUUCACAAAUAAAUUAUUGAAACAAGAUAAAAGGGUUGUAUUAGCAUUUUUGGACCGAAGAAUACAUACAGGAAUGCCAAGUUCUAGAGGGGAAGAUUGGCAACCUUUGUUGUUAUAUAGAAAUUCUUUGCUUCAUGGGGAAUCUGAUGCUUUACCAACAACCAGCAAAAGGGCCUACGGCAGGAAAAGAAAAGAUCCCGAGUCAGAGCCUGAACAAGAAGACGAACAUUUGUCUGAUCAGGAAUUUCCAGGUUGUUUAUAUGGUUGAACUGAAUUUCUCAAUUCGAAUUAUAAAUAGUAUAAUUAGGGUGUUGCAUUUUUUAUAUUUAUAAUUGAAAUUAUUUAUACAAUGAUUUAUUCAUAUUAUUGUGACUCUUUGACAGGGAAAUCUUCUUUAUUCCAGUAAAACUCAAUGUUUUCUUGUU